AUGACUUUUCACGAUUUAGAAAGCGAGCGGUGUUUCAUAACCGGUGUUUCCUUUCCACAAUUGGUGAGUGAAUAUUCGGAUGAUGAUGACAGCAAAAUCACCGGUGCCGUCUGUGAGUUAGCUCCUUUAACCCCGUUCAAGGUACCGCCAGCCCCACGGCUGAUUAAGCGGAAGUUUCCCCCCUCGCUUCUGUCCGGUGAAUCAAACGGGCGGCGCAUUCUGUCGAUAUGGGAGAGGAAGAGCAUCCUCGACCGCUUGAAGCGUUGUGAGCAUUUGGAUGAGGAGGCCUUCCAGAGGAAUCUUGCCGGUGCCAUGCAGCGAAACACCGAUCAACACAUCCGGAGGGUGCGAGAUAAGGCCCAUCGAUGUCUGGAAGAGGCCCAGGGAAUUCUAGAGACUACUUUCGUCCGCGAGCAAAAACGCCGUGAUAUGAUUUUCUACAAAUACAAACACCUUUUAGAGCUGCGUAAUAUUGAGAAGUGGAUGAGUCGUGCCCGGUCGUGGCAGUGCAUCAUCGUAUGCCACAUGUUCCUUACUUCUCUUAUCCAGGAGCGCCGAGCGCAGGAGUCGAUGGACACCCUAACGCGUCUCUUUGCACCCAUGAUCAAGCGCUACAUCGUCCUCAAGCGCAAGCAUCGUGAAAUUGAAAACAUUUUGGUAAAUAACCUUAGUAACAUUCCUUUCCCGACGCCAGAAUUGAUACAGAAGAUGUCGGGGACCUUCUUUGACGGAUGGCCUCCUCACCUCCUAGAAAAGUUAGUCAGCAAGGCGACCCCAAUGUAUCUCAAAAAGGGCUCAUACCUACUACACGAAGGAGAUAUUGGUCGUUCCAUGUUCAUGAUCACGAUAGGAAUAGUGUCUAUCAUUCUGCCUAAGAGGGGAAAGUCAAAGCGCAGAUCCAAGGAUAACUCUAGCGGUAUUUUUCAGAUAAAAGCACCAUGCUAUGUUGGGGAGUUUGCGCUAGUUUGCAAAGAGCCCCGGUCUGCGACCAUUUAUUGUGAGACCGACAUCGGCUUCUGGACCGUCCUGAUGGAGGACUACGAGGCGGUGAGGCAGCACCUGACGCCAGAGGUCGCGAGCAAGCAGAAGCAAGCCACGAAUCUUCGCCGCCAGCAGAACCUGAAGAGAUUCUUUCCGCUCAAGGUGGACUUUCUGCGUCAAUUGCCUUUUUUUGAACUAUUUAGCGAUGCGAGUCUUAAGAGAAUAGCAGAUAGCGUGGAGCCAAUUGUGCUGCACGACCGCGACUACCUGUACCGCUGCGGGGAUAUCGAUUCCUCGAUGUAUUUCAUCGGUGACGGAAUUGCCACGCUGCGGGAAAGUAAUGGCGAGGAGAAGCAGCUCACCGCGGGAAGCUGCAUUGGCAUUUUCGAGUGCUCUUGUGAUAUCAAUGAACGCAAACCCAACUCCAUUGUUAGUAUUAACUACUGCGAUGUGUGGCGGCUGAGAAGGGAAGCGUUGAUUGACAUUGGGAUGUCUGAACCCGCCGCACUUCUCCACUGCCGGCGAGCCGCAAGGGCAGAUCGCACGUUGCGCAUCAAAAAAGACCCCAAAACCCCGGUGUAUAUCAAAUCCGACCCGUACUUGGCAUUUUGUCUGAAUAGCACAACAAUGAAUCGCUUUUAUGAACUGUGCACUCCUUGCAUCUAUCUAAAUGGCGAGCGGAUAGUGAUCGCAGGUCGGCCUGCUAAUGCACUUAUUGUUCUAUUGAGCGGCGCCGUCGACAUUACGCUCAGAUCCGGCGCUUCCCAGGAAACGUUUCGAGCGAACAUUCCUUCCUCUCUAUCCAUUUCCCCCACCCCCAAAGCGUCGGAGGAAAGCUGGGGACUAAACUCGGACGAACUGCGAGCCUUCACGCGUGUGCUGGGGGCCUAUGAGUUUGCAGCCUCGAUAUCGCAAUAUGUAUACACCGUUAAGAGUUUUGGCCUGACAGAAGCCUAUUGCGUCGACAAGGCGAAGUUCGAGGUACUCAUCCCCGAUACCUUGAGGCUCUUACUGUACAAUAGCCUCAAAAGCAGAGAUAUCGUGCUUCAAUCAUUUAAGACAAAGAAUCUUGCUUUGUUGUCCGACAACCAAUCCAUUAGUUUUACGAGAUUGUACAAGACAGCGAGGGAGGCAGACAAGAAGAAAGAUCCGAGCUAG